CCACCACCACCACCACCACCACCACCACCACAGCAACCCGCCCAAUUACCUACGGUAUACCCAUACGAAUGAGUAGUCUGUGACACUCGACCAUCCGCUCCUUCCAUCGACGAUUAUCUUUUUCCACUCUACCUACAUGCCCACGGAAUAAAGGGCACCCCCGACAAGACAAGACACACACACACAAGACGCACACAAGACAGACACAGCCACAGACACACCGAGAUCGUAGCGUGCGUACAUAGCGAACCGAACCGAGCCGACCGAGACCGAUGCCCGACAACGAGAAGACACCGGCGAUGCUGGGGCGGAACCUGCCGAUCCCGACGUACGAGGAGGCGGUGGGGUCGUCGUCGCGCGCCGCGAGCGAGUAUGGCGGCGUCGUCGGCGGCGUCGAGACGAGCGAGUCGGCGGGGUUGCUACAGCAGUCAUCGCCGGGGGGCUCGGGGGGCCCGUCCGCGACGCGGGCGGACGGGUACAGGGCGCCGACGGUGGAGAGCGUGCGCAGCUCGAUGGAGUCGUCGUUUCUGGAGGAGUUUGCGUCGCCGAGGUCGAGUGCCGAGAGCUUGGCGAGGGAAAUGAUACAGAUGGAAGUGAUGGACGGGGAUGCGGCGGAGCGCGGCGGCGUUGGCGGCGGGCUGAGGUUGUCGUUCACGAAAAGGUUCAGCUCUAUCACAUCGAGGUGGUCGGUGCCGAAUCCGUUCGCCGGGAUGCGGUGUCGCCUGCCUGCUGUUCCGUCGAUACCGUGCUGUGCAGACCUUAAUAGUGCCGCGAUGGUGCCGGUGUAUAGGCUGCUCGCGGUCGUGGUCUCGCUGAUCGUCGUUUACGUGCUGCUGGCGACGGAUGUGUUUAGCUUUCGUUCGGUGGGUUCCGAGUACCUGGGGCCGUUCGAUCCGGAAAGUGUGCGGUCGUAUGCGGAACGCGGUAUCGAGAGGGAGCACAUCAAGCAUUGGCUGGAAUACAUCAGCUCUUUCGACCACAUGGCUGGCACGGAGGGGGACUACGUGCUAGCCAAGUACGUGCAGGGGGAGUUCUCGAGCUUUGGGUUCAAGACUGAGAGGAUGCAGUACGAUGUCUACCUCAACUACCCGAAGCCUGGUGGCCGCAGGGUGUGGAUGGACGAGCCCAAGUGGGAGGCGCAGCUGGAGGAACCGACACUGAAGGAGUCGUCGAACGAUAAAAGACCGCCGGAAAACACCCUGGUGUUCCAUGGACAUUCGAAGUCGGGGACCGUCAAAGGGCCAGUUGUGUAUGCGAACUACGGCUCGAAAGCCGAUUUUGCGUUGCUGCAGUCGCAGGGCAUCUCGGUGAAGGGUGCGGUGGUGUUGAUGCGGCACGGAGGAACGCAGAGUGACACUGCGCGGAAGAUCUUGGCUGCUGAGCAACACGGCGCGGCCGGAGCAUUGCUGUUUACGGAUCCGAAGACUGAAGGAUGGGAUUGGCCCGAGAACGCGGUGCAGAGGGGGAGUGUGAGCUUGAAGAGCUUGGUCAUGGGUGAUGUUUUGACUCCUGGAUUUCCAAGCUUGCCCACGACCGAAAGGGUAUCCAAAGAAAACAACCCGGGGCUGUUAAAUAUCCCCUCGUUGCCGCUGUCAUACAAAGACGCCCGACCACUCCUGCAAGCAAUCAAAGGGAAAGGCCGCAGGGUUCAGGAAGAUUGGGUUGGCGGAGUGCCGCAGGUGGAUGAGUACUGGACCGGAUCGAUCGAACAAUCGCCAGUCAUUCAUCUGCAAAACGAACAGGUCGAGAAGGACCGUCAGCCCAUCUGGAAUGUCCUCGGCGAGAUCAAAGGGACCGAUCCCCUUGAGGAGAAAGUCAUCAUCGGUAACCAUCGAGAUGCUUGGUGCUUUGGUGCCAGCGAUCCGAACUCGGGUACGGCUAUCAUGCUCGAGGUCGCGAGAGUGUUCGGAAAGAUGAUGGAGUUUGGCUGGAGACCUCUCCGGACCAUCGUCUUUGCGAACUGGGAUGCUUCGCAGUAUAAUCUCAUCGGCUCGACAGAAUUCGUUGAGGAAAUCGGCGAUGUUAUUCGGGACAACGUGAUAGCUUACAUCAACCUCGACGCAGCCGUAACAGGCACUGAUUUCACUGCCGCCGGCUCGCCGGCCAUGCAAUACGCGGUGAAGAAGGUGCUCGGUCGUGUGCCGGACCCGUUAUCCCAUAAGCUGCUCAACACCACAUGGGAUAGCCGGAAAAUGCCGGGCCUCGGUGCCGGCGGUGACUACACUGCUUUCCAACACCAUGCCGGCAUUUCGUCCGUCGACCUCUCUUUUUCCGGUAGAGGCGUUCCGUCCCACAGCUGCUACGACAAUUUUGCCUGGAUGAAGAGCAUCGUCGACCCAGCGUUCGCCUAUCACGAGGCACUCGCAAAGAUUCUGAUCCUCCUUGCUCUGGAAAUGGCGGAUCAUCCGAUCAUCCCACUAGACAUGAUGGCGUACUCGUAUAUUCUUCAAGAACAGACCGAGAAACUGCGCGACUGGGUUCAAGAGAAGGUCAAGCAAGCACCGGGCGCAAGCUUGGACAUGCAACCACUGGUGAAGGCGAUCGAAACCGGUCAAGGACAUAUCGUCAAGUUUACGCAGAUGAACGAGGGGUGGAUGGCUCAGGACCUCGAAGGCAUGUACGUCCAGACGGAUGAAUGGGCGGUUUCUCAGCGACGCUCGAGAAGUAUCCGCAUGGGAAAUUUCGAUAAGCACCUGUUGGACCUGCACGCACCCGGAGGUCGAGCACCAGGUCGUGAGUGGUUCAGGCAUAUGGUCAUGGGCCCCGAUGCCGAGAAUUCCAAUGAAGUAUCCUACUUCCCCGGCAUUCGGGACGCAGUGAAUGCUGGCGACUGGCAGCUGGCACAGCAAGAGGUGAAAAAGGUCUCAUCGCUUAUUUCCAGAGCUUCAAGGAAGCUCUUAGACGAACUAUCUAACGCACCCACCUAAUCUAUUUCCCUCCCUUACAUUGUACCUUUUUUUCUUUUUCUUGUGUAUUAUUUUUUGGGCUCUAAGUUUUUUUUCUUUGUUUUUUUUGCAUUAGCGGGAGCAAUUGGUUUUUCUUUUGUGGGGUUUUUUAGGAUAGUUUAGUUCUCAGUGUCGAUAAUACUUACUUUCCCUUCUUCUGCUUGCAAUGGUCUUUGUUUAGCUGGUUCUUUGGGAUGAGAGGAGGAAUGACGUAUGGAUGGGCCUGGAUUGGUGGAGGGAGGAAUCAUCCAGUGUUUGCUGCUGUUGGUGGAUAGCUGUAUAUAUGAAGGUUUAGAGCUGGCAGUUGUAUAUCUAGAGACGUCGCUAGUUUGUAUGUAUGUUCGCAGCCUACCCAGCAUCCAUAGAAAGUCCUUCGAUUCGGCUCCACCGCAAUCGGCUCACUCCUCCCGGCCGGUACGUACGAGUAGCCAGAGAAUCGAGAGAGGUAUCAGGCUUGGCACAAGGUGUC